UUAUACUUAAGUAAAACCUAAACGUCAAUUUUGGAAAGUAUUAGAGACAUAAUUUUGCAAUGAAUUUCGAAAUGUACUGUCUGAAAAUUGAUGUAAUAUAAUAUUACAAUAGACAAUUAUAUGUGCAUUUGUUAUGUUCUUAUGUUAACUUGUUUAGGGUUUCUAUUUUAAAAGUGAUAGAAUGUGCUUCAAAAUCUAAAAUUAAACAAUAAUUAGAAAAGAUAAUUAAAUUGUAAUUUAUAAAGUAUGAUAGUAAUUCCUCUUUAAGAAUUAUUAAAACUUGAAUGGUUAACUAUUUGCUUUUUAAUUAUGUGGUUGAGUACCAUUCUUCAUUCAUGAUUAUCUUAGAGAGGUUUUAGUGAAAGUAAGAUUGGUAAAAUUAGUUUGGUAUGUGGCAUAGUCGUUAUUAUCACUUUUUAUUAAUGAAUGCUUGUUACGUUAAUUUUUAUAAUGUCGGACUUUGAUUCAGUAGAAACAUUAUUAAAAACUUACGACCAGCAACAUAUUCUUAAGUUUUGGAACGAAAUAAAUGAUGAAGAAAGACUACAGUUAUUGGCAGAUAUCAAAGCUUUUAAUAUUCUAGAAGUAGUAAGCUUGUUUAAAAGAACUUUUAAUUGCAUGAAAACUGAUGUUGAUAUGUUAGAUAAUAAAAUGAAACCAAUUCCUUCUGAAAUAUUUGGUUCAACAAGGACUAGUUCUGAAAAACAUUUGGAGGAAUAUAAUAAUUCAGGACUUAAGCAAAUUUCUGAUGGUAAGGUUGGAGUUUUAUUGAUGGCUGGUGGGCAAGGAACUAGGCUUGGAGUAAAUUAUCCUAAAGGUAUGUAUAACGUUGGUUUACCAUCUCAAAAAUCUCUUUUUUGUAUUCAAGGAGAACGUAUUAAACGGCUUAUCAAUCUCGCUCAACAAAAGUAUGGACACUGCUACGGAUUGCCUUGGUUUAUAAUGACCAGUGAGCACACUAUGGAACCAACUGAAGAAUAUUUUAGAAGCAAAAAUUACUUUGGUUUAAAAAAAGAAGAUAUUAUAUUCUUUGAGCAGUAUAUGUUACCAGCAUUUACAUUUGAUGGAAAAAUUAUUAUGGAAAAUAAAUAUAAAAUAUCCAAAUCCCCAGAUGGUAAUGGUGGUCUGUAUAAAGCUUUACGUGAUCGUAAUAUUCUUAAUGAAAUAAAAAAACGAGGUAUUUUAUAUCUCCAUGCCCAUAGUGUUGACAACAUAUUAGUUAAAGUAGCUGAUCCAAUAUUUAUUGGUUAUUGUAUUUCAAAAAAUGCUGAUUGUGGAGCUAAGGUUGUUGAAAAAGCAUAUCCAUCAGAACCUUUGGGAGUUGUUUGUGAAGUAGAUGGAAAAUUUCAAGUAGUAGAGUACAGUGAAAUCACUAGUAAUACGGCUGAAAAAAAAAACUUUGAUGGUAGUCUUUUAUACAGUUCUGGAAAUAUUUGUAAUCAUUUUUUUACAACAAAAUUCUUAGAUGAAAUUGUUUCUAAGUACCAAGAUAAAUUGAAAUUACAUAUUGCUAAAAAGAAAAUACCAUAUGUCAAUUCAAAAGGAUAUGAAUGUAAACCAACAGAACCUAAUGGCAUUAAAAUGGAAAAAUUUAUUUUUGAUGUUUUUGAAUUUUGUACUAAUUUAGCUGUAUGGGAAGUAAAUAGAGAUGAAGAAUUCAGUGCAUUAAAAAAUGCAUAUGCUCCUGGUGGUAAAGACAACCCUUGUACAUCACGAUUAGACCUACUAAAUCUUCAUAAAAAAUUUGUAGUAAAAGCAGGUGGAAAAUUCAUCAAUGAUUCUUUAAUAUGUGAAAUUUCACCUUUGAUAACAUAUGCUGGCGAAGGUUUGGAACCUUAUGUUAAAAAUAAAAUAUUCUGUACUAAUUUAGAAUUGAAAUCAGAACAAUAAAUUAAUACUUAAUUUAAAAAAAUGAAUAAUUUCAUUUUAAAUUUAAUAUUAUAGUUUUAUAAUUGCAAAAUGUAGUAUCUAAGUUCUCAUUUUAUGAAAAAAUUAUCUUUGCUCUUAUAUUAAACUUAAAAUCAACUUAAAUAAGUUAAAAAUAAAAAUAAAAAUGUAACAACAAAUAUUAAAUGAGGCAUUUAGAAAUCUUUAGGUAUAAGUAACAUUUUUUUGAUUGGGUUUAAU